AAAAUUUGAGGUAUAGAAUACAGAGACUAUGGAGUGGCAGGAGAAAAUGGCUGGCCCUUUCAUGAGUUGGGCAAAGCCAUGUGAACCAGUAUACUCAAAUAUACCCAACCACCAGACAUCAAUACCCCACAUAGCCACUGGAAAGGCCACACUCACCAGCAUAGAUAGCACUUCCUUCAGAAACUCUAUAUAUAUAAACAUCAAAAUGAGCCUUCAAACACCAAAUUCAACUCAUUUCAAGUACUACAUCCUCUUAUAGUUAGCUCCUGACCUUUUUGACACUCUUUUCAUCUCAAGAAAAUGGGGAUUCGGUUUCUAUCUUUGGUUCCUCAUGCCAAGCAAAUUCUGAAGAUGCAGUCAGGUUUCACCAAAAACCAGUUGGAUGUUCCGAAAGGCCAUGUUGCAGUUUAUGUGGGAGAGAUCCAAAGGAAGCGGUUCGUGGUUCCAAUAUCUUACCUAAACCAUCCAUCGUUCCAGCAACUGCUCAGUCACGCAGAGGAGAAGUUUGGAUUCCAUCAUCCUCAAGGGGGACUAACAAUUCCUUGCAAAGAAGAUGCCUUCAUCGAUCUUACUUCUAGACUGCAAGUAUCUUGAAGGAUGAACAGCAAUGCUCAAGCUGCAAUUUUCUACAACCUUUUCUGGUUGUUUCUGACUCAAUUGUAUUUUGACCCAUACUAGAAUGUUGUAGAAUGGAAUGCCUUUCUUGCCUGUAAAUGAGUGGCAUUGUAAUGGCGCAUUUACCAACAGAAGUGAAUCAAAAGAAAACACAAAUUUAGCAUCAAUUUCUAUAUAGCCUUUUCUUUUCUGCUUUA